UAUGAAUCUUUUAAAAAAAUAUGAAAAUUUCAUUUUAACUAAUGCAUCACAAAUAAGCUCAAUUGAAAGUUCUUUAAAAACUUUAACUUAUGUUUUACCUGGUCGAUUUGCUGAUGCUGAAUUUGCUUCGGAAGCAUAUUCUUCAAAAACAUACCAAUACUCUUCAUUUGCUUUAACAUUAUUACAAAAUACUGAAGUAUUAUUGGAAAUGGGAAUACAAAAGAAGUUGGGCAAAGAAGUUAAAUGGAAAUAUAUUGGAAUUAUUAGUGAAUUGUUAUACAUUAUUAGACCAUUAAUAUAUGUUCUUACUCUUCGAAAAUAUGGAAAUAAAUCAUGGAAACCUUGGCUGUUGUCCAUAAUCAUAGAAGUAUAUACUAGAAUUCUUACUAAUUAUUUUCAUAAAAAAAUCUCAGACGGAUCUCAUCGAUUAACAAGUGUAGAAAAGGAUGAAGAAAAAAGAAGAAUAAAACAAUUAUUUUUGUAUAUUUUAAGAGGACCUUUCUACGAAAAAAUUACAAGACCAAAAAUUGAUAAAAUUUGUCAGUCUGUUGGUAAUAAACCAAUCCUAUCAUUAUUUGGUGGUAUUUUAAGAGAUUAUCAACCUAUAUGGGAAAAUGUUUAUUUCUACAAAAACACCGACACUUCAAAUAAAUCAUCACAACAACAAUCACCAGAAGAAAAAAGAAGUCAAAUAGAUCCUGAAAUAAUUGAUUAUAUUUUGGGUAAAAGCGAUGCUGUUUAUAUGAAAGAGGCAAUUGAAGUAAUAUCUAAUACUGAAGAAACUAUUGAGAAUAGAAAGAUCGCGUUUGAUAAUUUAGAAAUGCUUGUAGAACAAAUUGAUAACGCAGUUAAUAUAGAAAAUAUGAAUUUAUGGCCAAAGUUAAUUUCGUUUCUUUCACUUCCUGAAGUUCCACUUAGAAUUCUUGCAGUUUGGGUAUGUGGAACUGCUGUACAAAAUAAUCCCAAAGCUCAAAAGGCUUUUGCAGAGCAUGGUGGAAUUAAAGUUAUUUUGGAUAUUUUAAAUAAUCUUGAUGAAGAUUUGGAAGUAAAAAGUAAAGCUUUAUAUGCUAUAUCAGGAGCAAUCAAACACUUUAAAUCAGGAUUAGAACAAUUUGAUAAAUAUAACGGAUACGAUACUUUAUUAUUUUUAUUAAAAUCAUCUGAUAAACCAACAGUUGUUGCUAACAGAAUAGAAGAAAAAGGUUUGGCAAAACAAAUGAUUAAAUUGUUGAAAACUUUUGGAGAAAAGGAUGGAGAUUUAGCUGAGAAGAUCUUGAAGGUAUUACUCGCUGAAUUUUUAUAUUCUUCAAAAUUGAUUAGUCAAGAAGGAAUCAAAGAAUUAAAAGAAGUUUUACCUGAAAUUAAAAGGAAAUACGGUGAAGAUACAUUAAGUACUGAAGAAUGGAUAGAGUUAGAAAAACAAAUCGAUAAAUUAUAA